AUGAAGCCGUGGCCAAAGCAUCGAGGGGUGGAUCUCGAUUCUGAUGGACUGUCAAACGACGACACGGAGAGUCAGGACCAGAUAUCAGGCAACAUCGGGGCCGAUGCCAUCUGUCGAAUAGCCGAGUGUGGGAACGGAGGAUUUGGCGCGGUUGGCAACACUGAGGACCAGUGGAAGAAGCGGGAAAUUGCACCGGUGCAGACAUGCGGGAUUUGUGAAACAAUUUGCAAUCUCGUCGAUGUGUCAAACCACAAAUGUCUGGAGGGAUAUGAUUGUUAUGUCGAUGAUAAGACAUUUUAUUUUUACCCGCUUUUAAGUAAAUAUUUUAUUUUCUAUAAGUGCAUUUUAUUUUGUUGUACGUAUAUUUCUAAACUUAAUAUUUUUUUUACAUGUGAUGGAAAAAAGUGUCUACGCCGUGUCUACAUUAACGGCGUAGAGGAAAUAGUUGAGGCCGAAGUUGGUGCAACUUUCAGCCCAGAUAUACUCGUGGCAAGAAAUUGUCAAUUGGCGAAUUCCAACUGCCAAAUUGCAGACAAUGUAAAAAAUGUGGGCAGCAAAAAAUCUAAAGUUCCUUCCAAAAAAAAGGCCUCAAAGAAAUUGUCUCUAGAAGAGGAAGAGCAUUUAAUUUUGACCGUCCAACAAAGAAAACCUCUGUGGAACAUUAGUCAACCGGUAGACCAGAGGUCUAGGGAAACUCGGAAACGACUCUGGCAAGAAGUUGCUAAUGAAUUGAAUGGUGUACUCGAUGUAGCUGCUGUACAGCAGAAAUUUAAAUCAUUACGCGAUACAUAUCGCAAAAUUGUCCAGUCAGAGCAGUACCUUCCAAGUGGAUCUGGGAGGAAUGAAAAUGAGGAUCGUCACAAGUGGAAGCAUUAUGACAUAAUGGAAUUUCUUUGUGAUACCAGUCUAUCAAAGGACACAUCGAGUAAUAUUCCUAGCACAGAGAACGAGUUAAAUAAUUCGGCGGAGUCAACUUUUGGAAUUCAAAGUUUGAUUGACAUAGCUCCAGAUGACAGUAAUAGCACAGAAACACCAAGUACUUCUACGAGUACAAAAAGGCGAAGACUCAAUACAAAUUCCAGUAGCGCUAGCGAUAUAUUAGCUGCUUCUACGAAUCCGUUGGAUAAAUUAAUCCAAAUUUUUGAAAGACGAGAAAACGCGCUAAAUGUACCACCAAAUACAAAUGAUCUACUCGAUGAAGUGGAUCAUAUGUUACAAACAGCAGCAAUACAGUUGCGCAAAAUGUCGCCUAAACUACAAAUGCAAACUCUAGAAGAUAUUGUUCAAAUGACUUUCUCCAGACUGAGUGAAGAAAUGAAUAAAAAUUAAUUUUUUUAGCUGAAUUUUUUAGAAGAUUCCGACAACAAAUUUUUUAUAUUUUUAUACAAGCAUAAUUAAUCUUAAAUUUUAAUAAAAUAAAUAAAUGUAUGUAAUAAGUAAAUGUAUGGUUUUUAAUUUUUGUCUUAAUUUUUUUUCCUUCAAAAUAUAAAUAUACGUGCAAUGAUAGAGAAUACAUACAAUUUAGACAUACAAUAAUAAAAAAAAUAUCAAAUAUUUAUUUAUUCAGAUUAUUACCAAUUUCUUCAUGCAAAUCCGUAAUGAUAAUUUCAAUUAUUGUUGUUGAAGAUAUUGGUAGGGUAUAGCACCCUCACCGUUAAAAUAAUCGCAAAAUUCAUCUCUGAUGUUCAUGGCAACUCGAGAAGAAUUAUUUGAGCCACAAUUACCAAGAUUUCUUAAGGCCUGAUUGCUAUCUAUUUCUUUCCUCCAACUUCCAGGAAUAAAACCAUUAGGUCCAUUGCAAUCAAUCAUAUCCGCAGAAAUAUACUCAUUUUUGUCUAAAUCCUGUUUUCGAAGCCAAUUAUGAAUGCAAAUGAUAGCCUGUACAAUUUGCAUUGUGUUUUUUAUAGAAGCGUCAAUAGGCUUUUUCAAUAUUCUCCAUUGACUCACAAGAAUUCCAAAAGUAUUUUCUAUUGUUCUACGUGCACGACUGAGACGAUAAUUAUAGAUGUUUUUUUCAUGAGUAAGUCCUCCUUUUCCUGGAUAUGGUCUUAACAAAAAAUUAGCUGGAACGCUUCAUCACCGACAAGAACAUAUGGCAUAGGAUCACCAUCGACUAUGAGUUUUUUAGGUUCUGGCAGUCCCAUUUCAUUAUUAUAAAAUUUCUGACCCACAAUAGAAUCUCAGAAAAUUCCACCGUCACUACGCCGGCCAUAAGCGCCAAUGUCGACGAAUGUAAACAUGUAGUUGGCAUUGCAUAUCCCAAGCAAUACAAUACUAUGAUAGUUCUUGUAAUUAUAAUAUAAUGACCCAGCAUUAUGGGGACACUAAAA